AUGCAUGGAAUAUCUGGGCCGCGCCAUGUUCUCGACCAGCUCUACGAUCACAUCAAGUGUGAAAUUGUGCCGCUCGAUCGGGAGUGCAGCGACUUCAAGAUGAUCGAGCGAUAUAUGGAUUCGGGAAUUCACUGUAAUUACAACCUGGUGCAUAACUACGAGAUUGCUGAGGUAUUCUCCCUACGCCGCCUCAGCGAGGAUAUCUCAUUCCGAAAAGAUCUCCCAAACCGUACGUUACUCUGGCAUGGCUCUCCGACUGGCCAAGCGUUCGGGCGCGGCAUCUACUUCUCGGACAACUUCAACGUGUCGUUACACUACUGCCGCGCGUUGUAUGAGCAAGAGGCGUUGAUGUUGCUGUGCGAGGUGGCGCUGGGAGAGUGUCGUGGAGGGUUCCGUUCGGCCAACCUCAGCAACGGCAAUGAGUGGAACUCAACGUGCGUGCGACGCAGCCCGACGAGCGGCGCCCUGGACAUUGGCACUGAUCCCGAGCAUAUACAGCAUCCGGACGGCUAUGUUGUGCCGCUGGGUCAGCCAUAUCCAGUGAAGCAGAUUCGCCAGAAUUACUUCAUCAUCCCAAAAACCGACCAGGCCCGACUGCGCUUCGUGGUGAAGGUGCGCGUGAAGCCCGUCGAGCCACCACCCGGAUUCCCGCCCCACCCAUCAUUACCCCCACGUCAU